AUGAAACGUUUGGAUGAAUAUAAAAAAUCACGAAAAAUGGCCCUCAUGGCAAAUUUAAGCUCCAAUAAUAACCAGGAUCAAACGAAGACAGGGUUCAUAACAUCGGAAACCACUAAUAUGCUUGAAGGAGCGACUAGGGACUCCGCAAAACUUACUAAUCCCGUCACAGAUUGUGGUUUCGUUUCCAGCGUCAGAGACAAUGUGGGUCAGAUUGAAAACAGAAAACAGUCUUUUAAGAAUGUUCAAGAAGCUAAUAACCCAAAUGGCUUUCAAGAGCAGAUAAUUAAUGAUGGAAUUGAGGAAUUUGUUGACAAAAUUAACAUAGAUUACUACAUAACGAGCCUGCCACCGAUUGAGGGCAUAUCUUACGACAGACAACUAAACUGUUUCAAGUCUAAGGUCCCCCCUAAGUUCACUACAGCUCUAAUAGAAGACUCUUUCAGUGUAACAAGCUACGGUUUGAAAAACGCAUGGCUAAAGGCUAUUGGCUGCCUCUACACGAACAUAGCCUUCAUAAUUUUCGACUACCCUCAGAUCGUCAGCAAGCUCAGAUUCAGCAGAUAUCUCAACAGCGCUUUAAGCAAGGAUAUCUUAAAUGGCGUCCUUGGAAAUGAUGAUUCGGCCACUGGCUCCACUAUUAAUGGAAGUCUCGUGACAGAUAUUACCAAUGGCAACUUCGGCCGAGGUCAGAGUGGCCAAAGCAAUGCCAGUUUAUCUGAUUUACCAAGUAGUGUUGAGGAGGUGUUUGAGGCUUUACACAGCUCAAACAAUAUGUCCACAGAAGCAACCAAUACAAACGGCAGGAAGGAUAAGGAUGAUUAUUCGGAUUACAAUCCGGCAUAUGACCCACUGUUGCGUUCAUCUAGGGGCAGGCGACUGAAACUUCCCGAGGAAGAGGACCCCAAGAAGAUAGCGGAAUCAUUAAAACCGUGGCAUAAACAUAUUUUCUGGAUCCCUAGCAUUUGCAGAUGGAGGACUCUCUACUACGACGCCAAUAGCGUCAAGCACUCGAAAACCUUUACGCCUGCCUUCUUUGGGGGCGUAAAGGAGGCUUAUUACGCAGCUCUUGAGUUUAGAAACAUGAUUGACAACAUGGAUAAGUUAACUCAGUCCAAGAUAAGGCGUAAAUGGGUGCAGUCAUCUCUCCCACUAGGACUGACGUCGAUGGGUGCUGAUGAGAACGGCGGCUCAGUUGUCAUCAAGUGCGGCAAUUGCGGAAACAGCUGCGGCUGCGUCUCUGGAAAUUCUGGCACAAAUGGAGUGUCACACAGUUCCAAGGCCGUGGAAUCGGGAUUAGAUGGUUUUAGUAUUGGGAAUCAUUCUGAUGUUGCCUCUACAUUAACCAGGUCCAGCUCCAAUACCACCCACUUAAAUGGGAAACCUGAGCCUAAGGGAGGCUUCAAACUUGAUGUUAAGGGCAUCAGUGAGUUCAACAAGUUCGUUGGGUGUGGUCAGAUGGUCGUCGAUAAUUUGGCAAAGUAUCUUGCACACAAAAGACUGCACGGGGCCGAUGAUGAGAAAAAUGACCAUCGGGAAGAUGAAACUAACAAUUCGGUAGACAGCGGUCCCUCCGUGAAUGGGCACUUGGCAUCUGAAGAUAAAAAACCGGCCAGGGGCAACAGAGCAGGCAGAAGGGGCCGACCUUACAAGAAAAGUCGACAGGCGAGCAGGAUCAGAACCACCGAUGACAGUAAAUUUGAAGGGCUUAAAAGGCUGGAAAAUAAGUUUCACGAUGAUGCAAAAGUCGACUAUGAUGUAAACUUUUUAUCAGGCUUGGAUAAACAGGGACUUUACAUUCCGAUCCCUCUAGAUUGGAAAGACACUUAA